GGAAACAAAAUGUACACACUUGAGCCGUGACGAAACAAGAAGAGAGAGAGGAGGAGGAGGAGGACAGAGAGAGGGUGACAGAGGGAGAGCUAGCACAGACAUUAACCCUAAACUAAGCUAACCCUAAGCUAAGCUAACCCAAGGAGAAACAGGCACCUGCUCAGCUUGAGCUCCUCUGUUUGCUGUGAGAGAGGGAGGAGAGCACCGGGGCUGGCGUAGGCUAACGACAUACACACACACACACACACACGGACGUCAUGGGGGUCCUAAACAUCUCGUCCAAUGACAGCCUUGAGGAGAAGGGGACCAUUACAGGAAUCUCUUUUAAGCAGCACAGGCGCAGUGACCCAUGGCCGAUCUCCGGCCCAGAGGAGCUUCCCUCAGUGGGGGACCCGCUGGAGGAGACCCAGCCACAGCACCACCGCUACUACCAGAGCCUGCAGACCAUGAUUCCCUUUCGCUUCCCCUCAGGGUCCAAUCCGCUGGACAGUGCAGGCUUCUUCUCCUUCGCCUCGUUCACCUGGAUGACGCCCAUGAUGUGGAGACUGUUCCGGAACCGUCUGGACCGAAGCUCUCUGUUCCUCUCACCGCAUGAUGGAGCCAACGCCAAUGGCAACCGGCUGGAGCGGUUGUGGCAGGAGGAGGUGUCUCGUGUGGGACUGGAGAGGGCGUCUCUGGUGAAGGUGGUGAUGAGAUUCCAGAGGACCCGCCUCAUCCUCAGUGUCUUCGCCUCCAUCCUCCUGACGGGGGCGCUGUUCGUGGGGCCGGCUGUGCUGGUGCAUGAGAUCCUGAGCUACGUGGAGACUCCGGGCCGGUUCUCUCUGGGCUACGGUCUGGGGAUGUGCUUCCUCCUCUUCGGCUCCGAGUUCUGUAAAGCCUUCCUCAUCUCGCUCCUCUGGGCCAUCAACCUGCGCACCGCCACGCGCGUCAAAGGAGCCUUCUCCAUGCUCGCCUUCAGGAAGGUCAUUGACAUGCGCGUCAUCACCAGUGUGUCUGUGGGACAGAUCAUUAAUGUGUUGACGGCGGAUGGCUACCGGAUGUUUGAGGCGGUGGUGUUUGGUUCCUUUCUGUUCUGCGUGCCUGUGCUGCUGCUACUCUGCAUCUUCUACGCCUGCUACAUCCUCGGGUACACUGCCCUCAUCGGAGUCUCCGUCUACCUGGUCUUCAUCCCCCUACAGUUGGUCGUUGCCAGGGUGAUAAGCAUCUUCCGGAGGCAGGCUGUGGUGAUAACGGAUAGCCGAGUCCGCACCAUGAACGAGGUGCUCACCUGCAUCAGACUCAUCAAGAUGUACGCCUGGGAGGAGUCCUUUGAGAAGAAGAUCACAGAAAUCCGUAAGAACGAGAAGACGCUGCUCGAGAAGGCUGGGUAUAUCCAGAGCAUGAACGCCGCCAACACCGCCAUCAUCCCCACCCUGGCCACCAUCCUGACGUUUGUCAUACACACUCUCCUCGGGCUCCCCCUGAACUCCUCCACGGCGUUCACCAUCAUCGCCAUCUUUAACUCCAUGCGUUUCUCUCUGGGGUUGCUGCCUUUCUGUGUCAAAGCUCUGGCUGAGGGCAUUGUGUCUCUGGCACGACUCAAGAAGCUGCUGUUGCUGCAGAACCCUGAGUCCUAUCUGACUCAGAGGAAAGGCCUGGGUGUGGCUCUAGUGAUGGAGAACGCCUCCUUCUCCUGGGGGUUACCUGACAGCCCCCCCGAGAACACACACCCCCCCGAGAACACACACCCCCCCGAGAACACACACACCCCCGAGAACAAAAUCGCUCUCAGAAACCUCAGCUUCAGCCUGCCCAAGGGAAACCUGCUGGGAGUGUGUGGAAAUGUGGGAAGUGGAAAAACAUCGCUGAUAUCCAGCAUCUUGGAGCAGAUGCAUCUGCAGAGUGGGUCAGUGAUGGCGGAUGGGACGUUUGCCUACGUUUCCCAGCAGGCCUGGAUCUUCCAUGGAUCUGUGAGAGACAACAUCCUCAUGGGAGAACCUUUCAACCAGCGCAGGUAUGAUGUAGUCAUCAGUGCAUGCUCCCUCAAGCCAGACCUGGCCAUACUCACCUACGGUGAUAAGACUGAGAUUGGUGAACGGGGACUGAACCUGUCUGGCGGACAGAAGCAGCGGAUCAGUCUGGCCCGAGCGGUCUACUCAGACCGGGACAUCUACCUGCUGGACGACCCUCUGUCGGCGGUGGACGCCCACGUGGGCAAACACAUCUUCGAGGAGUGCGUCAAGAAAGCCCUAAAGGGCAAAUCUAUCAUCCUGGUCACGCACCAGCUACAGUAUCUGGAGUUCUGUGACGAUGUGCUCCUUCUUGACAGCGGUGAGGUUAAGGAGGCAGGAACACACAAGUCUCUGAUGAAGGCCCAGGGGCGCUAUGCACAGCUCAUCGUCAACUUCCAGCUGGAGCAGACGCAUGAGGAAAAUAACGAACCGCCAGCUGAUCCUCAGCCAACUAAUGUUCCAGAGCCGCCUGCAGACAAACUCGCCAACAACGGAGUCAGCAACCCCGCCUUUGACAUGUCGGAUGAAGGGAAGAAAGGAGAAGUGCCUCCUGACAGGACAGAUUCGGAGAACCAGCUAGUCAAACAGGAAUUUUCUCAGGAGGGAUCAGUGUCACGUAGGACAUACCACCAGUACUGCAAAGCUGCAGGAGGAUAUCUCCUACUCUCUUUCGUCAUGCUGAGUUUUGUUCUGCUAGUGGGGAUGACGGCCUUCAGCAACUGGUGGCUAAGCUACUGGCUGGGACAAGGAUCAGGGAGCUGCAGCAACUGUACUGUAGUUGGGGACAUCUCCCAGAACCCCGACCUCCAGUUCUACCAGCUGGUCUACGGCCUCUCCGUGGUGGCCAUGUUCCUCUUCAGCGUCAUCAAAGGAUACUCCUUCACCAAGGUCACGCUCCGCGCCUCCUCCAAGCUCCACGACACCAUGUUCCACAAGAUCCUGUUCAGUCCGAUGAGUUUCUUCGACACCACGCCCACCGGCCGCAUGGUGAACCGGUUCUCCAAGGACCAGGACGAGCUGGACACGGCGCUGCCCUUCAACAUGGAGAACUUCCUCCAGUUCUGCCUCAUCGUCACCUUCAUCAUCGUCACCAUCUCCGCAGUCUUCCCCUACAUGCUCAUCGCCGUGGCCCUGCUCGGACUAGUCUUUGCUCUCAUCCUCUAUAUGUUCCAGCGGAGCAUCAGGGAGAUGAAGCGUUUGGAGAACGUGAGCCGCUCACCGUGGAUCUCCCUCACGACCUCAGUCAUCCAGGGCCUCAGCACUAUACACGCCUACGACAAGAGAGAGCAGUACAUCCAGCAAUUCAAAGCCAUGACGGACACCAACUCCAACCACUUCCUGCUGUUUAACUGCGGCACGCGCUGGCUGUCCUUCUGGCUGGACUUCAUGUCUGCCUCCAUCACCCUGGCGGUGGCGCUGUUCGUGGUGCUCAGCCCAGACACCAUCAGCCCCUCUAUGAAGGGUCUGGCCCUCUCCUACACCAUACAGCUCACUGGGAUGUUGCAGUAUGUUGUGAGGUUGUCUACGGAGCUGGAGGCCAAAUUCACUUCUGCCGAGCGCCUGCUGGAGUACAUCACGGUUUGUGAGUCGGAGGCUCCUCGGCAUGUGAAGGGGGUUCACAUUCCGGAUGGUUGGCCCCAGCAAGGCUCCAUCACCUUCAAGGACUACAGCAUGCGCUACCGUGACCAAACACCCAUCGUGCUCAACAACAUGCACUUCACCAUCAAUCCUAAAGAGAAGCUCGGCAUUGUGGGAAGAACUGGCUCGGGUAAGUCCUCUUUGGGCGUGGCGCUGUUCCGCCUGUGUGAGCCAGCAGGGGGCACUGUGCUGAUCGAUGAGGUGGACACCAGCUCCAUCGGCCUGCAGGACCUCAGGAGGCAGCUCUCCGUCAUCCCUCAGGACCCAGUACUCUUUGUAGGCACAGUCAGGUAUAACAUGGACCCAUUUGAUAAGUCCAGUGAUAAAGAGAUCUGGCAUGCACUGGAGAAGACUUACAUGAAAAACACGAUCUCACAGCUUCCUGAGGGUCUGGAGGCUCCAGUGGUGGAGAACGGGGAGAACUUCUCAGUGGGGGAGAGACAGCUUCUGUGUAUGGCCAGAGCACUGCUGAGAAACUCUAGAAUCAUCUUGCUGGAUGAGGCCACGGCCUCCAUUGACUCGGAGACGGACUCCCUGGUGCAGCAGACCAUUCGUGAAGCCUUCAGAGACUGCACCGUGCUCACCAUCGCCCACCGCAUUAACACCGUUCUACAGAGUGACCGCAUCCUCGUCAUGGACAACGGACAGGUGGCAGAGCUGGAUCCUCCAGAGGUUCUGAUGCAACGGCCCGACUCUCUGUUCUCCUCCCUACUGGCAGCAGUAAACCGGGUCAACACGUGAUGAUGGACACACACACUCACACACACACACACACACACACACAAGCAUACAUGGACAUGUCAACGCACUCGCUCUGUCUCUCUCACAUACACACACAUACACACACACACACACACACACACACACAAGCAUACAUGGACAUGCAUGUGAACACACUCAAUCUGUCCUUCUCUCUCUCUCACACACACACACACACACACACACACACACACACACACACACACACACACACAAACACACACACACACACACACACACACACAUUGUGCCUUCUCUCACUUUGCCGCUUCUGGGCCUUGUGUAUUUCUUGCACAUCUAAAGUGCAGAGUUGUUGAAAUGAAUGUAAGUGUCUAUUUUGGUAUUUAUUUGAUUUUAUAUGUGUCUGAAUAUAUAUAGCACACACACACACACACACACACACACACACACACACACUCAGGACGUUACCUCUACAGACCCACAGACAGGACGACACCUCCAGAGAUGAGAGAGAGAGAGAGAGACUCUUCUUAGGGCUGGAGACGAAGAAAAACAGAAGAGGACCUGAAAAUACAUUACUAUUAUUACUAAAUAUGACUCUUGUAGUUACAGUACUAUUGUUACUAAAUAUGACUCUAGUACUGCAAUGUUUGGGACCAACUGUUGAAAUGCUGUGCCAAUUUAAUGAAAAUAAAUAUUAAGUUAAAAUGCAAGAUGAGAUGAUAAGAUGAUAAACUUCAAAUAAAACACAAAAAAAGCCUAA